GCGUUGACUCGUCCUGUACGGUGCCGAGUCCGAGUCGUCCCUAUUACGGAGGAGCCGCGAAGGAAGCGCACAGUGUCGUUUUGGUGCAGUGUGUGUGGCGUUACCCUCUCGGAUGUUUGCUGGUAGCAGUAGCAAUUAGUUAUUUAUUGGUUUUGCAAUUAAAGCAAUCGUAGUGUGCAAUUUUCGAUUACUUUCUGAUAAAUGCAGCAAGGUCCAAGUAGGUCGUGAGAAGUGUGUGAAGUGAUUUUACUCCUUUUGAUACAAUCGGUGGAAAAGAUCCGGCAAAGAAAACCAGUUCUGGUGGAAUCGAAAUUGUUUUUAAAGUGUUUGAAUUGUGUUUUGCUAAGUGUAAAUUGCUGUGUGUGUGUUUCUGUCCGUGUCUGUUCACUCCUUUUACUCCCAAAUGUUGUUCAUGCAAAGUUCGCGCUUGUAGUGAAAAAAGUGACCAAAAACAUCCCGUGUUUUUUUCGGGAGGUGAGAGUACAAUCAUGUCCACGGCCAUGUCGACAGCGUUCAUGGUGGACAGUCUGCUGCAGGGCAAGGAUUCGCCGAGCGACCACGGGUCCAGCCCGGUGCACGCAACGCCGGGUGUGACGCACGGUGAUGCCGGCUCGCUAGCCUCCAUCUCGGACAGUGACGAGUUUGACGAACCGAAAGACUCCAGCAGUCUGUGUGACUCGCCGAAAAGCUUCCACAGUCUGCACCAUCCGGCGAGCGAACAUCAGCUGCAGCUCCAUCAUCAUCAUCUCCAUCACCACCAUCACCAUCAUGCACUGUUGGUGCAGCAGCAGCAGCAGCAGCAGCAUCAGCAGCAUCACCACAAUUCGUCCUCAUUCUCGGACGACGAGCUGCCGGCGGCCGGACCUCCAGUUUCCCUCAGUGCGGGUGUGAGACGACCAGGUGCAACGUUUCGACCCCACCCGGACCCGGACGGUGUGGCGGCGCUGGAGCCGAUGGAUUUUGUCUGUGCCAAGUGUGGCCACUGCCAGGUGGACCUGAACCCCGCGGCCGCUCGGGAUGGCAGUCCCAUGGUGGUCGGUGGGGACGGUGGGGGAGAUAAGCGGGCGGGGGAAAAUAACAACAAUCACAGCAAGGAGGAGGAGGAGUGCGACAGUGUUGUGGCUGAACGGCGCGGCGGUGACGGUGACGGGAUUGGUAGUGAGUACGAGUUUCGGUGUGAAAAGUGCGGGUUCGGGGAGUACGUGGUGCCGGGGAAGCAGACCAUCCUGAAGGAGAGCAGCAAACCGGUGCUGAAGUUCAGUGUGUCCGCCAUACUGGGCGACAGGAAGGAGUGCGUUAAAGUUAGGAAUGAAUUUAUUCAACCACAGCACCUUUGGCCUUACAUUCAGCAGAACCUGAUCCAACAGAACCACUUGGCGAACCCGGUCUUCCUCGGCGCCCAUCCGCACCACCCGCAUCAUCCUCAUCAGCAAUUACCCCCGCAUCAUCAUCAUCCACACCAUCACCCGCAUCAUCAUCAUCCCCACCAUCACCAUCAUCAACCGGGCACACAUCCUCUAUCACCUCAUCAGCAGCAGCAGCAACAUCUUACCGUUGGACCCAACGGUAGCCCUACUGGAGGACAUGUAACCAACAACAGCAGCAGUAAUAGUAGUGGUGGACCCCACCACCACCUGCACAACAGCAACAGCAGCAACAGUACGAGCGAGUCGGGCAGCCUGCCCAACAGCCCGGAACUGCAGGAACCGUCGGCCACCGGGUUGGGUCCGAGAGAUAAUAAAAUCAUUGCGAAACCACUUCCGAGUCGACCGACGCCCUUUCUGCACCACAGCCUCAACCAUCCGCAUCUGCACUCGCUGUUGGCCCACUGCCGCAAUCCUUACAUGCCAGGUGGACCACAGGUUUUCCCGCUACCUCCCGGGCAGGGAUUCCCCUGGGCACACUCGACGCGAGGGAAGCCCCGCCGGGGGAUGAUGCGCCGGGCCGUCUUUUCCGACUCCCAACGGAAGGGACUGGAGAAGCGGUUUCAGCUGCAGAAAUACAUCAGUAAGCCGGACCGGAAGAAGCUCGCGGAACGGCUCGGCCUGAAGGACUCCCAGGUAAAGAUAUGGUUUCAGAACCGUCGCAUGAAGUGGCGCAACUCGAAGGAGCGCGAGCUGCUCGCGAACGGUGGCUCCCGCGACCAAACGCUCCCGAACAAGAACAACCCCAACCCGGACCUGUCGGACGCCCGCACCGACCGGCAAACGUCGCUCUCACCGCCUCCCCCCGCAUCACCCCCGCAAGGAUCAACGCCACACGAUGGCCAACCACCACCACAACCCACAACCCCGUCGGCCUCUCCCAAACCGGCCCCAACGGGUCACCAACAGCAGGGCGCAGCACCACAACAACCGCCACCGCCGAUGCUUACCUUCAAGUCCAAGUUUGAGCUGCUGAAACCGAGCGCCGUGGCCGGCGGUGCCGGUGCAGACUUUAAGUUUGACUUUGAGGAUCAGGUGGCGGGAGGGAAUCGACCCCCCGGUGGACACUUCCCGAUGGGUGGCUUUUACCCGGGUGCGACGGAUCCGGCCGCCGGGUCGGGCCGAUCGAACAGUAGCGCCUCGUCGGAGCUGCAGUCGGGAGCGCAGGCCAUGUACUACGACGAGUACGAGUCGGCGGGCGACUCGGACGAUAGCGACGAGGAGAUUAAUGUCACGUGACCUGAUACAAGCGACGAUGAGCUGAUGGGGCAGGGUGCUCCCCGGGCCGGAUGUAAAUAGAAAGGAAACGAAGAGACAAAUGAUCAGAAAACACAUAGGGACAGAGUUUUGCAUAAAAUGUACGAAAUUGUGUGAUGUACCAUAGGGGAUCGAGGGGGGAAGGAUUAAGCCGUUACUUCAGUCAGUGCGUCUAGUUGCUAAGUAUUUAUUGCGCGAACUUUAAUGAAUUUGUACCACUGGUUUAACAACUUCUUUCCAAACACACUUCAAUCAAUCAAUCCACAGUACACGAACAAACACGCCCUAAAGCCAAUGGUCGGAGAUGUGGCGGCUGGGAGAGAUUACACAGAAUUUCAAAUAAAUGUAAUUCCUGCACUAAAGCUAAACAAAA